GAGAGAGAGGAAGAAUCUGAGUGAAGGUGUCCAGUUUGUCCUCGUCGUCUUCGUCCUCGUCCUCGUCCUCACCUGAAGCUCGUGCUCAUGGCGGGCGUCGCUCUCCUGCUGCUGGCCGGGACCGUCCUGCUCGGCUGCGUCCCCGCUCAGAGGGUCAGAGUGAGGAGGCACAACAUGAAGGUGCGCAUCAACGCCACGGGCGACACCAUCGUCAUGAAGUUUGUGCGGCCGAGCCCGGACGUGAAGCUGGAGGGCUACAUCCUGGGCUACGGCAGCAGCAUGUUCUCCAAGCAGUUCAUCCAGCUGCCCGAGAACGGACAGCCCUACGAGACCGAGAUGGAUGCUGAGCCCAAGUCUGUGGCCGUCCAGCCAAUCCCGACCAACGAUGUGAAGAAACACUGCACAGGGAAGGUGAACCUGGAGAAGCCGCUCCACCUGGUGAUCGGUUCCAUCAGCCCGACGGCAGUGCUCCUGUCCUGGGGAAACUUCCUGAAGACGCCGUACGAAGGAAACAUCAUGAACGAGUGUCUGGAGGACGGGUUCUACACCAUCAGGUACAGGGAGAGGAACAGGAAGUGGAUCUACCAGACCUGCCCGACCAGCGACACUGUUAUUGACAACCUGAAGCCCAACACGCCCUACGAGUUCGGCGUUCGCUCCAACAAGGACGACCGCAGCGGCAUGUGGAGCAAGCCGGUCAUCCACAACACCAACAUGGGCGACAAGACCCUGCAGAAGCCCUACAAGAAACCUCUGGUAAAGCCAAUGAAACCUGUGGGACCUCACGCUCUAUUCCCGCCACGGCCCGCUCUCCACAACAGGACGCAGUCCCGCCUGCCCCCCCUGCUCAAAACCCCCGGGUUCCCCGCGGCACCCAGGACGUCUUUCGCACCACCCGUGAGCCGCCAGGAACUGUCCCCCUGCCCGGCUCCGCUGAGCCACAAUGGCCUCAGCUGUCACUGGACAAAGGAAACAGUUUUAGAAAUGACAGCAAGCAAGCAGGGCAUCGUCUUCCUGCUGUCCCCAUCUCCUGCCCACCAAAGCCCCUACCACCACCACCACCACCACCAGUACCACCACCAUACUACCACCAGUACCACCACCAGUACCACCAGUACCACCACCAGUACCACCAAAGCCUCCCCUCUCCCUAAGUUACCCUCAAACGGUGACUCGCUUCAGGGGCAGACUCAGUCCAGGGUGCCCACUAGUGCCACAGAGAAGCCUCAUAACCCCUCUGCUUUCAGCAAACCACAGGAUGGAUCGUCCCUGCUGAGAUCAGUUUUGGCCAAUGAGAGAGCCAAAAAUAUUAACAACCUGGGUCAAGGCAGCAAAAGAAAUCUCCCUUCGUCGUUGCCGCUGAGGCCCUAUGGCCCCGCCGCUACCACGGUUUUCCAGAUCCAUGAGGCCGACAGCGAGAACCCCCUCUUUCCCUUCUCUAACGGCUUCAGACAGCCCUACUCUUCCUCUAGAGCCAGUAACUCAUCCCUGAGCACCGGGACAUCAGGGGGUAACCGAACACCCCAACCCCCUCCUCCAUUCUCCUCCACAACCUUUUGCCUCUUCUCAAACUUCUCACAUUAUCUUAAUUUUUUUUGGACACUUUCCCGCCGCUCCCCUCCAGUUAAUCCAAAUCAAGCCCGAAUGUCGAGCGCAGAUUUGACAUGUGCGGCGGUGGUUUCACAGCGUGAUCCGUCACGCUCUGACAGACCCCAUCGGCUCUCGGCUUACAAUUUGGUCACGGGUGUCUGUCACAUCUCCACCACCGAGCGAAGCCGCCGACGCUCAGCCUUUGGACUGGGUUCAGUCGGUAACGCUGAGUCUUCUCCCCGCAGUAACCGCCAGCAGCCAGGGGGCGCUGCCCUGCCUAAGCCAGCCCUCUGGGUCAAGCUGAUGUUGAAAUGGUUGCUAGAGAACUCAUGGUUGCAGAGGACAGACAGCAGUUUUAAUCCUGAUGCUUUUCCUGCUGCAGUGAACAACUCAUUGCUGGAGGACAAGAAAGCCGAGUUCCCCGGUGUGUUCGGUCGAUCAGGGCCCACCACUGAGGAGCGGUUUUAUGGAUCCCCAGCUCGCCCCUCCAUCGUCAACAAAAAACCCAACUUGGUGGGGAAGCCAGGGGAAAUGGACAAGCUGAACAACCUGAAGCAGACUGACAAGCUGCCCGUCCUCAAGUCCCACUUCCCGCCAGCGACCGCCAAGCCGGCCAAGCAGGAGCGUAAAACGACCACGUCCGCCGCACCGGAGGAGAACGCUGAACAGUUCGAGCACUGGGAGGAGUCGGACUUGUUCAAAUCGCAGCCGACCUCCGACGUUGACGUGAUGGGCAAGAAGCGCUACGUGGCACCACACGUCGUCUACAAAACCGGGAAGAAGCCAGACGAGCCGUGUUCCAUCACCUCAUCGCUCAACUACUUCCCCGAGGACGAACCCGGCGAGGCCAACGUGACGGCGCCGCCCAAAAACCCGCCCUCCAACCUCACCGUGGUGACAGUGGAGGGAUGCCCCUCCUUCAUCAUCCUGGACUGGGAGAAAACCGACAACGACACCACCGAGUACGAGGUCAUCUCCACCGCCAAGGGGCCAGACGGCGAGCAGGUUUCCAUCCUGACCACCAACCAGACGCACACCGCCGUGGAGAACCUCAAACCCGAGAGCAGCUACGAGUUCAAGGUGAAGCCGAAGAACGAGCUGGGUGAGGGUCCUCCCAGCGAGCCGGUGUCCUUCAGCACAGAGUCAGCGGACCCACGGGUGAGCGAGAAUGUCUCAGGAAAAGAUGCCAUCUGGACGCAGUUCCCCUUCAAGACAGACUCGUACUCCGACUGCAACGGCAAACAGUACGUGAAGAGAACCUGGUACCGCAAGUUUGUCGGCGUCCAGCUGUGCAACUCCCUCAGGUACAAGAUUUACCUGAGCGACUCGCUCAACGGUAAAUUCUACAACAUCGGAGAUCAGACCGGCUUCGGGGAGGAUCACUGUCAGUUCGUCGACUCUUUCCUGGACGGAAAGACAGGACGGCAGCUGAGAGCCGACCAGCUGCCCGCGAGACCAGGUUUCUACAGAGCCAUGCGGCAGGAGCCCGUCUACUUCGGCCAGAUAGGGGCGCACUCCCACAUCAGCUACGUCUCAUGGUACGAAUGUGGAACGCCCAUCCCCGGCAAAUGGUAGGACCCCCGGAGUCGUCCUCGGAGAAGCCCGCACGGA